AAAAAGAAGAGGAAACAUAAAACGAGUAAUUCCAAGGCAAUGUGAGUAUUGAAUAUUGAUAGAGCUACUCCGUAAGUCCGAAGUAGUGAGUGAGAGAAAGCGAAAAAGAAUAGAAGAAGAAAAGCGUGGCCUGGCCUGAAUUUGCAAUUUAUCUUCCCAAAUCUCCUUUCUCCCAAAUCCUAAUUCUCAUUACAAAACAAAUCCCUACUUUUUUUUUUUUUUUUUUUUUUUUGUUUUUGUUUUUGUUUGUUCGCCGAUUUACUGCUUCUCGGGGGUUCAUUUUCGGUGCCCCUUUUCAAUUCUUUGUGUUUUUUUUUUGUUUUGUUUUUCCUCCAUUAUUGGAUCUCAAGAGAUGGCUUCAACUGGGAAUCCAAAUCAACUGCAGACGGCGGCGGCGGCGCAGCAACAAGCACAAGGCGGCAGCGGUGGUGGAGGAGGCCAAUUCGAUAUGAAUAAGUUCUUCAAACCCUCGAAUUUAGCAUCAGCACCACCACCACCACAGGCGGCGCAAAACCCUAACAAUUACGGGCCAUCCGCUUCGUACCCUCCUCCGACUGCCGGUCCAUACUCUUUCCCACCUCAAAACCCUACUCCUCCUUAUUAUCAUCACUAUCCUCCUCAAGAUCAAAUGCAUCACCAAAGGUCUGUUUCUUUCCCUACUCCUCCUCUUCAGCCUGUUCCCAGUGCUCCUCCUCAAAACCCCAGCCCCGGCGCCCGUCUCAUGGCCUUGCUUAGCAGUCCUCCUCCCGAUUUCAAUUACUCUCAUCAAAACCCUGCUCCUGUACCUGCCCCUAUGCCGUCCUCCUCCAUGCCUCCUUCUGUUCCCGUCUCUCCUACUGUUGUUCAGCCCGCCCCUAUUCGUAUGCCUAGCAGCAAGCUUCCCAGGGGACGCCAUUUGCUUGGCGAUCAUAUGCUUUAUGAUAUCGAUGUUAGGUCCCAGGGCGAGGACCAGCCUCAGUUGGAGGUCACUCCCAUUACCAAGUAUGUCUCUGAUCCUGGCCUCAUCCUUGGUCAUCAAAUUGCCGUCAACAAAACUUAUAUAUGCUAUGGCCUUAAGCUCGGAAAUAUUCGUGUUCUCAACAUUAAUACCGCCUUGAGGGCUCUUCUUCGAGGUCACACUCAGAGGGUAACAGAUAUGGCCUUCUUUGCGGAAGACGUUCAUCUUCUGGCUAGUGCAAGCAUAGAGGGACGCAUUUAUGUAUGGAAAAUUUCUGAAGGCCCAGGUAAGGAAGAUAAGCCGGAAAUUUCUGGAAAUAUUGUGCUAGCUAUUCAUAUAACUGGGAAUGAAGGAUCUGUUCAUCCACGAGUUUGCUGGCACUGUCACAAACAAGAAAUUUUGGUUGUGGCCAUUGGAAAAACUGUCCUUAAAAUUGAUACUACAAAGGUUCGCAAGGGUGUUGAAUUUUCUGGAGAGGAGGCUCUUGCAUGUCCUUUGGACAAGCUGAUUGAAGGGGUUCAGCUAGUUGGUAAACAUGAAGGGGAGGUUACCGAUUUAUCAAUGUGCCAAUGGAUGACGACUCGUUUGGUUUCAGCUUCCAAGGAUGGAACAAUUAAGAUUUGGGAAGAUCGCAAGGCAGCGCCACUUCUGGUAUUGAGGCCCCAUGAUGGUCAUCCUGUUGAUGCAGCCAAGUUUUUGGCUGCCCCACACCGACCAGACCAUAUCAUGCUGAUAACAGCUGGACCACUUAAUCGAGAGGUGAAGCUUUGGGCUUCUUCUGACGAAGAAGGAUGGUUGCUGCCUAGUGAUGCUGAAUCUUGGAGGUGCAUACAGACACUAGAGCUGACAAGCUCUGCUGAACCUGAAGCUGAGGAAGCUUUUUUCAAUCAGGUUGUGGCCUUGUCUCAAGGGGGACUUCUUUUACUAGCAAAUGCCAAAAAGAAUGCUAUAUAUGCGAUUCAUUUAGAAUAUGGUGCCACUCCAGCAGCAACCCGGAUGGAUUAUUUAUCAGGGUUUACAGUCACUAUGCCUAUCCUAAGCUUUACUGCUACAAGUGAUGUUUUGCCUCACGGGGAACACCUAGUUCAAGUUUAUUGUGUCCAGACACAAGCCAUACAGCAGUAUGCUUUGGACCGCUCACAAUGCUUGCCACCACCAUUGGAAAACUUGAGUUUAGAAAAAUCGGAGUCCACUGUUUCUCGUGAUGCAGCUGAAUACGUUCCUGGCUUAGAGCCAUCUGGAAGCAAAUCUUUUGAGGUUCCCUAUUCUGCAGCCAAAUCAAGUAACCAUAUUAGUGGUCUAGGGAGCUCACCUGAGAUUAAGUGUCCUGCGAAUGAUGCUUCUGAUGCAACAUCCGUGCAGGAUAUCACUACUGCAAAUGUGGAUUCCAACUCUACUUUGUUAUUACCAACAUCGAGCAAUGCUGAUGUUGUGUCUGUUGCACCACCUCCUCUUCCUCCUAGUCCAAGGUUAUCUAAAAAAUUCAGUGAUUUGCGCGGUGAUCAAGCUGCUACUGAUUAUCCUGUUGAUAGGCAAAUGGAUAGUGCACAGACUAGUUCAUCGGCUUUGCCUGCCUCAAAUGAAGAUAGCCGAACUGUACAAGGGAAUACUUCUGAUGCUGUUCCUACCAUGUUUAAACACCCAACUCAUCUUGUUACUCCUUUUGAGAUUAUGGCUACAUCUUCAGCUGAUGCAACCCGUGUGUCUGAAAAUGGUGAAAAUGAGGCUAAAAUUCAAGAUGAUGUUGUGAGUAAAGAUGCAGGAAAUGUUGAGGUUGAGGUUAAAGUUGUAGACGAAACUGGAUUUGGUAACAGUGAUGAGUCUUCUCGGCAAGUAGAUCCUCAAUCAUACCAGACAGAAAGGAAAAAAUCUUUCUUUUCACAGGCAUCAGAUCUGGGGGCUGAUAUGAGUCGGGAGUGUUGUGCAUUACCCUCUGAGACAUCUAUAAUGGAAGAAGCUAGAAAUAGCAUAAUGGAGGCUCUAGCACAACCUUCAAACUCAGGUGAGGAGGAAGGAGAUGAAGCCAAUAAUGAUGUGUCUAGGAAAGCUGCAGACUAUGCUGCUACAACACCGGUGCCACAGUCUCCUACACCAGGUGCCAAAGGGAAAAAACAGAAGGGAAAGAACUCUCAAGCAUCUGGUUCAUUAUCUCCUUCACUUAGUGUUUCAAAUGCAGCAGAUUUGUUUCAAGCGGGUUCGGGUGUGCAAUUUGUGGAGCCCUCUUCUAGUUCACAGAUGCUGGCUAUGCACGAAACACUUAAUCAGAUAUUAAAUGCGCAGAAAGAAAUGCAGAAGCAGAUGAGUACAGUUGUUUCUACACCAAUUACUAAAGAAGGUAGAAGGCUAGAGGCGGCUUUAGGACGGAGCAUAGAGAAGGCUUCAAAGGCCAAUACUGAUGCUUUGUGGGCUCGCACACAGGAGGAGAUUACUAAACUUGAGAAGUCGUUACGAGAUCGUAUGCAGCAGAUACAUGGUUUGGUAAAUAACAUGGUGAACAAGGACUUUCUUGCUGUGCUUGAGAGAACAUUGAAGAAAGAAUUGGCUGCUGUUGGCACAAAUGUAGCUCGUACAAUAAGUCCAGUUAUUGAGAAAACAAUUUCUUCAGCUAUCACAGAUUCCUUCCAGAGAGGGGUUGGUGACAAGGCAGUGAAUCAAUUGGAGAAAUCUGUAACCUCAAAACUUGAAGCUACUGUUGCCAGGCAGAUCCAAGCUCAGUUCCAAACUUCUGGCAAACAAGCACUUCAGGAUGGAUUGAGGUCUUGUUUGGAGGCUUCUAUCAUCCCUGCUUUUGAGAUGUCCUGCAAAGCAAUGUUUGAGCAAGUUGAUUCUGCAUUCCAGAAGGGAAUGUCUGAACAUACAGCAGCAGCACAACAUCAAAUUGAAUUAACAAACUCUCAGCUAGCCCUUACCCUUAGGGAUGCUCUAACUUCAGCUUCAUCACUGACUCAAACCUUGAGCGGAGAAUUGGCUGAUAAUCAGAGGAAGUUGUUUGCUCUUGCAGCUGCUGGUGCAAACUCCAAAGCAGGAAAUACGCUGGCCACUCAAUUGAGCAAUGGACCUUUGUCGGGUCUACAUGAGAAGGUUGAGCAGCCAUUUGAUCCAACAAAAGAGCUAUCUAGACUCAUCUCUGAACACAAGUAUGAGGAGGCAUUUACUGCAGCUUUGCAAAGAAGUGAUGUGACCAUCGUCUCCUGGUUAUGCUCACAGGUUGAUCUACAGCGUCUUUUGUCAACGAUGCCAUUGCCUUUGAGUCAAGGUGUCUUACUCUCACUUCUGCAGCAGCUUUCUUGUGAUAUAACAAAGGAUACAGCAAGGAAGUUAGCGUGGAUGACAGAUGCCGCUGCAUGCAUACACCCGCAUGACCCAAUGAUUGCAGUGCAUGUGCGUCCGAUUUUGGAGCAGGUUUACCAGAUAUUGAACCAUCAACGUAGCCUUCCUACAACCUCAUCCUCAGAGUUGUCGAGCAUCCGGGUUGUGAUGCACGUCAUCAACGCCAUGUUGCUGACCUGUAAAUGAUCCAUGCAAUGUACCUGUUUCAAGUUAUUCUGUUGAUUUUGACUGUGAAGGUGGAUAUUAUGUAUAGGUGCGCACUUUUUUUCUUCUCCCUCUUGUCAAGGGUUGGAAACUUUGAAAUUGGAAAUGAUUUAUGGUUUAGUAGUUUUUACUUUUUAUACAUGCUAUGAAAAGAUGAACUUGAUGCUGCUGAUUAAGGCUUAUAAUUAAUUGGAGAAAUAAAAGUAAGAUGGAAAACAACUCCAUCUCGAUUUUGUGCCUUCA